AUGGACCUUCCAGACUUUUCCGAUCAGCUGGAGAAAAGUGCGACAUCCGAACAAUUUGUGGACUGGUUGAACGAGGCUUUUGGUUUCGAGCCCAAAACUACAGACAAUCCACCCUCGGCCAACCCCUCAACCCCUACGAAAGGUCUUGCAGUAACUACAGUCAGCCCUCCGUCAAACCAAGUCAAUCACCAAUCAAGACGUUUGGAAGAGUCCAACUCGGCAAGACGUAAGGACCAUGUAGGCAGCGAACAAAUUAAAGUAUCAAUCGAGUAUCGAUUCUACGUACUGGACACGAGACCAAAGCCGACUCCCAAUACCCGUGUAUCAAACAAACGAAAGGCACCACCCAUUGAACCCGAGGAUAAAUACAUCAAAAUUACGUCAGACAUUGGUAAAGUCCAUAUCUAUUGGGAAUCUUCCAACACCUGCCUCAGCGAUUUCAAAUCAGCUGUAAUCAACACGAUUGCGGAAAAGGAAGGAAAGCGUCUGGGGGGACAUGUACGAUCGCAAGAGGAAGAAGGUGAUAUCUUGUGGUAUGCAAUAAUACCACAUGGUCACAUGUUUAUUGAGAAGAAUAAGACAACCUUGGAGGAUGAUGAUAUCUUUGAGGAAUUUCUGGCUCAAGCGAAGGGGACUCGGGACGGUCGAAAGAACACAGUGAACUUGUUGCAACGGGACCCAAAAGUUGUUGCUCAGAAACUGGCCCCCUUGCAUUAG